AUGGCGGUGGCACCGCAUGUCCUGACCACAUUUAGGCUUGCAUGGACUGUCAUAACGACAGAGGCGGCGACCUCCAGCAAGGAGAAGAAGAAGGCGUACGAACAUGUACGCAGAGCCAUGACCAUUCAGCGCAACGCCGCUGAGCUGUACAAGGAUGGCGCCAUCUCCCCACAGGAGUAUGCCCGCCUGCUCGCGGCCCGCCUGGAGAUGCAGCAAAGGGAGGGACAGUCAGUAGGGUACAGACAACCUGCCUCUUCGUCUCCGACUGAUGAGGAUCUCGACGACAGUGACGAGGAUCUCGACAACCAUCACGACCAUACCGAUCAUUUAACCAUUCAUGACGAGGAUCCCAGCAAUAGUAGCCAAGAUGUCACCGACAAUGACGAUGAUCUCACUGACCCAGAAGGUCCUAACGCCAUCACCGUGGUCCCCCACGAACUAGAGGAACACGAAGAAGAAAGGGUCAAUGAAAAUGGCGACAUUGGAAUUAUCCGUCAUCCGCCCUUGGCCAUAGUAGAUGAUAAGGACGCCUAG